AGUAAGCGCUUUCGUGCAGUCGGCUCAUGAAAACUCUGGACGAGUUUCUGACGUGACCAAUAAUCUAAGCCGCCAUGGCCACACCGACUCGAGCCUCUAUGAAGUCUACACCACUACUUCGCGUUGACACUGAGUCUCUCACACCUCCAUCCCAUAUCAAGUCAGGUUAUGAUGGCUCUCCUGGCGGGACGAGUAGUGCCAGCCUUACUCCUUCACCGUCAUUUUACAUCCCGCUUUCACCCAAUGUAGACAAACAUUCGCCUUCAGCACAAUUAGCCAGAAUGGCACUGUCGCAACAUGACUCCAUGAAUCACGCCAGAGAGGAGUCGAAAAAGCUCGUGGGGUUGCUUCUUGACCAGCUCUCUUCUAGAACGCGUCCUCCCCCAAUUUUCGAUGCGUUAAAUGUUCAUGCUACUCCAUCGACUGAGGCAGGUCUUGGCCACAUAAUUGGAGCAGUACGCAAUGUAGUUAAACAGAAGUCACACAAACGCUUGCAAUCCAUGAAGGAAGAUAGUGACGAUGAAGGAAGUGACUGUGUUGUUUUCUCUUCUGAAACCACUUUUGACCUCAUGGUCCAAUUGAAAGAGGUAUUGCAAUUUUCUGCUUCGCAGGGCUGGCAGGUGUUUGAUCAAGGGUAUGAAAUCAUUGUCUCAGCGCUAGUCAAAGCAUCGCUGAAACUCGCACAGAGCUUCUGGACUGGGUACAGAUACCAAACAAUUCACCAUUCGCAGCUCUAUGAGACGUAGCAUUAGUGAAAGGCGCUCGAGAUCUCGUUCGCCUUCGUCGAAGGGACACUCGCAGGCUCCUUCGCUUAUAACACUGUGCAUCUCCAUCCUUUCCUCAGUGAUAUCGGAAGACUGUCGUUUUCAAAUUUCUUCGCCCAGACCAUCGAAACCUCCAAACGCGCUGCAAUCAGCGUGCCUUGACAUUGCCCAAUUUCUUGCACAUGUCCACUCCAAUGA